UACGCGGUCGGUUAAUCCACGACAAGGGAAACCUUUUAAAAACCGAGUGAACCUGAGUAAUUCGUAAGUACUAACAUAACAGUUCCUAUAGCUGGCCAGUCGUGUUUCCGGUCGCGUUCUUGCCAUGGUCAUGUUGUCGACAACAUCAUAUGCGUCGCUGUGCGUUUUUGCAGCCGUCACACUCGUCUACGUUGGAAACGCCGCCGUGUUAGUCAACGUGACCUACUUAUGGCACCUUUCGGAUAUCUCUCGUGUACCUACCCCACAGCCACAACAGCGGUUACCUCUUUCUAGGGAUUCUAACGUUACAGAGGUCUCAAGUCGUGGAGUAUUUAACAAGCAGACCAACGUACUAUUUGCCGUUCGGAAACCUUUGAUGGCACUAGCGUAUACUGGCCACACAAAUGUAAAGUCUAAUACUGUCAACUCGGUUGUGCUUAACUCACUAGCAUUACAAAGAUUUCCUAGUGCUAAAUACGGCGAGAAUGUCAAACUCGACCAGCACACUAUGGUGUUAGGUCAUAGCGUCGACAACGAAGGAGUUUUUGGGAUAAGCUUAUUUUUCGGUGUUGGAGACGUUUGGCUUAGGUCCAUAGGUGUUGCCGAAUCUUUGAUAAUGUGGCACGCCAUGCCUGCCGAACUCGUGUUGGACUUCAUUAACAACUCGUACGAUUGGAACACAAUAGCAAAAAAAGUUUUACCAUAUGAAUGGCCAUUGUUAUUAGUGUGUAUUUUGAUGAUGUUCAGUGGUUUAUUUAUUACUCGUUACGGGAUGUAUUGGCAAAGACGAUAUAAGGAAGCAAAAUGGUUAGGCGACACCGGCUGGGAGACGGGUUGCAAGAAAGGAGUAAUUGUUGUAGCAGUACAAGUUUUACUGCUAUUGCUUGGUGCUGGGGCUUGUGGACUUAUUGUGACCAAUGAAUCUAUGACAUAUGCUGUGUUUAGCGUCAGUGAUCUUUUGGAGUUUGGCGUGGGCGACUUGGUUGAUAUGUUUUCAGUCACACAAAAGCAAAUACGUACAAUAUCCAUUGGCUCUAUGGACUCAACAACUGAUGCCGUUUUUACAAAACUGGAUGAUAUAGCUGAUAAUUUAGGAGGGUCUAUUGAAAAUGACAUUUAUGGACCGAAUCACAAAUUUGGAUCACGAAAUAAUGUAUCAAUAAUAGUACAAGAUUUUCAGAAAGUAUUUCCAAAAGUCAGGGAUGUAAUAGCGCAAGCUGAGUUGGUAAAAGACAAUAUUAUAGUUUUUAAUAGACAAAUAAGCGAUCUAAAUUCAGAAUUACAAGUUAUACCUGAAAGAUGUCUUCCUGACGUUUCUGUUAUGUGUGAUAUGAUCUCAGCUAACAGAUUACAUGUAGAAAAUUACACGUACCUUGACGAUAUGAUCAAUGUUGCCAAAAAUAUAUUGAAUGUCGAAAAUGGCGAUUUAUUAAGUCUUCCUUUGACAUCGGCUGAAAGUGCUAAUAUUCCAAAAGCAGUUCACGAUCAAACUGAAAGAGAAAGAUGGAGAAUUAAACAAUCUCUAAUGGAUCGUCGUAGACAAUUAGAAUUUUCCAUUUAUCCUUAUGAGAGUCACACGCGCAAGCUCAUAUCUAAACUUAUGGAUAUGAAAGAGUUAGGAAAUAACUACAUCAAUAUGUUGAAACAAAUUGAAUCAUGCAGAUGGUUCGGCAGCCUAGGAAUCGCAAUAGCAGCUAUUUUGAUAUGGGUUUUGUUGGCUUGCAGUAUAGUGGUUAAUUGCUGUUCAGAUACAACUUGGGCAAAGUGUUAUUUUUUUGGUUGUGUAAGCACGAUGAGACUUACAAGUUUAGUAAUGUGGGUAAUCGCUUUUGUGGGAUUGAUUGUAAGUAGCAACAGUGAAUCUAACGUUUGUCGAGCUUUGUACGAUGAGCCAACAUAUGAAACAGUCUCAAAAAUAAUGGAUGAUCCAAGGUUGACAAAUGAACAUGGUUUUUUUUCGUGGUUUGUUUUUGGAAAUGAUACGCCCACGUCAACAUUCAACGAAGUCCUGGAAGCGUGCAAAGCCAAUAAAACGGCAUAUUCGACGUUUAGUAUGAACAAAUUAUUCAACUCAGAAGCUGGAUCAGAAUACACAAAAUGGCCUGGCCUAAUUGAUGGACUUGAGAGUCUUAGGUACAAAAACAUACGCGUUAAUUUGGAUGAUGAUAAACCAGUUGCGAGAGAUGACGUGUUAAAACCAAUAGCAGAAUUAACAAACAUAAAUUUUCAACAUUUUCGAAGACAGAUUUCGACUUCAUCAUUAGCUCAUGGAAGAGUAACAUUGCUUCAUAAUCAAAUUAAUGCGCUUUCAAUUCAAACAGCUACACAUUCAAAUUCGUUUAAAACAACGCUUAAGAGGCUAGUGGAAAACAUCACUGAUAUAUUAGACAAUGUCAUUAAUCCUAUGGAACAAAAGAAAAACAUUUUGCUAUACCGGAUAACGUUAAUGGAAGUCGAAAUGCAACCCUUGUCGGAAUUAUUUAAUCGCACGUGGGCCCAGGCGUAUACAAGAAUUGUUAGUUCAGACUUUGAUCAAAUCGUUAGAAAGAACAUGGACGAAUAUAUAAAUAGUAUUAAAUUAAUUUUUGAAAAAUACAAAUCGCACGUUGUUGAAGCAACUAAAAAGGAAGCGGCAUCAUGUAGACCAGUAUGGAACGUGUACAGAAUCGGAAGAGAUUUAAUUUGUAGACAAGCGUUAGACUCUCUCAAUGGAUUUUGGGUGAUUUGUUUUAUAAUUGCUAUAUCCAUCACUGCAGCAAUACCAGUUGUAAAAAAUUUCAAGAUCUUCAAGAAAUCACCGUUAACAUCUAUGUCUCUAUACACUAUACCACCACCACCGUCGAUGGAUCUUAUGUGUACUAGUAGCUAAUGUUAAUUUUUACUGUGUUUCGUGGUACAAAAUACAUGUUUUGUAUGAAAAUUACGUAUAUGUUUUCUCUAUUAAAUCCAAAAUGUCUUUCUGAAA